GGCUUGGAAAUGUAAUCGAUUGUUUUUAAGCAAAUGUAAUUUGGUUAUAAUAAUUCCAAGUUCUGUCGAGAUAUUUACAAUAACAAUAUUAUAUUCCAUGAAAGUAGGACAGGAAAAAAUCAUAUCCGAUUACAAUUUAUUACAAUUUAUUUUAUUAUAUACAAUAUCAUGUACAAUUUUAUAACUUCGUUUAUACGUGCCAGCGUACGAUAAGACAAAAUUAGUUUAAAUAAAAAAUUCGUUUUAUUUCUAUUAAAACGUGAGCAUAUCGAUGCUCUUUUUACAUUUUUAACCGUGUCCCUUUGAACUUAAUCAGUGGUCGAAUUGACUUCAGACCAUUACGGGAAUUCUGUAACUUGCAAUCGAUGAUUUUCGGUAUCGUUAACUAGCGACAGCCAAUGGCGAGGACGAUCUUCGAAAGAGACCCAGAUUUUCAUUGGUUGUUCCCAGUUAACGUUAUCGAAAAACCUCGAUAGCAAGUUACAGAAUUUCCGUACAGGGGCCCGAUUCUCGAAAUCAUUCGAAGAAGAAACGUAUACGAACAUUCUGCUCUGAUAGAAAAGUUGAAAAUCGAUUGGUCAAAAACCAUGCGAAUAGCCAAAUUGACUUUGACGACAUAAAUUUAAUAUUUAUUCCUAAUAUAAUCCCUGUAUUGUGCGCAGAACCUGACGCGAAACAGAAUCUCGGCUAUCCAGGGCGUUAUCGGCCAGAAAUAUCCUGCGGCCCACGUAGUUGAACGCGGUGCGUUUCGCGUGCGUGGAGGCGCCAGUGGACGGGUCCCAUGUGGCAUGUGAUCGCGGUAUCCACGCGCGGGCGUCUCUCUGGUUGCCACGGCCGGUGUGUAAACACAGAUGGCCGCCCGCGGACGUCAGACCUCCUCGAGGUAGCCCUCGCGACGCCUUCUCGUGUGACCAUGUGCCCGAGGAUAUUCAUCCUUUGCGUUUCGCACCGAGUGUACAGUAAUUGCUAGCGCCAGACUCGACCGAAAGUCCCCUUAAAGUGUCCGAGGAUUACUUCUCGCCAGAUCCAAGACGUCGGAGCUCCGAUUGAGAAUGGCGGACGAUCCGAAUCGCGAUAUCCUGCCCGUGAGAGACGGCUCCUGCGCGGACACGAUUAUCAGUGCCAUAGACCCCAGGGAGCGUCACCUCGUCUGCAAGCUCGACCGCUACCAGCUGGAGGACAAGUAUCUGCGUUUGCUCGAGGAGGCGAACAAUCUGAAAAAAUUGUCCAACUGUCAGGAGGAUAAGAUCAAGCGGCUCGGGACGAAGCUGAUCAGGCUGGCCGCUAAUCCGAGAUCGUGCGGAUUGGCGUUAGAUAUUGCCGACGAUAGGAAUCGAACGGCCGCUCUGGAGCUCGAGAAUACCAAGCUGAAGGAGAAAAUUGCCGUGAUGAGGAAUCAAUUGUUGAGUCACACGAUGAGCGGCAGGUCGUCGUCGCGCAGCCGUAAUCUCGUUAGACCAUCGUCUUCCGGGUUUGUGACGUGUCGAAGCGAGAAUAACCGCGCGAGAGCCCCGUCCUGCCAGUGCAUCGUCGGGGCAGGGGACGAUGAUAACGACGUGCGAAAUUAUCUCGUUAAAAUCGAGAAACUGGAGGCGCAGAAGAAAGAUAUGGCGUGUCGUAUAAUGGAGCUGGAGAAAGAGCUGGAACAUCUGACUAAUAGUCAAAAGGAGAAAGUGGCGGAGAAUGUAGAAUAUAUACGAGUGUGGCGGCAAAUGAAGCAGCUGAGCGAUAAACUAAUGACGACUCAGGAGAAGAACACUGCACUCACCACCGAAAUUACCGACUUGAAAACUACCCUCAAACAAUCAACGAGAAACAAUCUGGAAAUCACGGCCGUUCUCUCGUCGGAGAGAACGCGCAUAGCCGAGAUCGACGACCAGAUGUUGAAGGCGAGGCACUCACAGUUCACGUUACGCGAGAAGGACGAGCAGAUACGGGAUCUUACGAAUGAAAUUAAAAUAUUGCAGCAACAUAACAACGAACUUAUUGUGCUCACCUCGAAAUACGGGCAAGUCGAAUUGGAGAAUGUUGAAUUGAAGAAGAAGUUUUGCGACGACACGCAAGAGCAGCAGACCUUGAAGAUUGCAUUGAGUUCUGAGCAGGUUAACAUUGUAGCAUUGAAGACCGCCAAUGAACGGGUGCUCGCGAAACUUGAAGAAUUGCAGGCAAACAUAGAUUCCUUGACGGUACAACUAACGUCUUUACACACGCAAGAUAAACAGCGCGAUUCUACGAUAAUAGUACCACCAUAUAAGGAACAAUGCAAAAAGUGUUGCGAGAUGUACGAUAAAAUUGUGCAGCUGGAGAAAACUAUCGGCAACACUCGGCAGGAAGAUUGGCAGUCGGCGGAUAAAUCGGUACAGACAGCCGUCGUUAUAAACACGAGAGAGCAGGGUACAACGAUAAUUUCGAAUACUGAGGACAGAGCGACGUUGCAGUCGCCACUGAAGGAGUGGAAGACGAGUCAGGAGGCAAACGGCACGAGUAUUUUGUCGCGAGAAAAAAUACUAAAGCUGUUGGAUCAGGCACAAAUUAACACCCCUCUCGAUGCGUCGAGGAUCGCACCGAAGGAAGAAUACGCAGGCGUUUUGGACGUAGCUCAGAGGCACAGCGCUCGGGAAAUAUCUUCUCAACGUGACACAUCAAACUCUGUGCGGACGAAUUCACAGAAAAAACUCGCAUGUUUGGAGAAUUCGAACAUUACGCUAGGUCAAAUGUUUCUGAUUUUGUUCGACAUUUUGCAAGAACUUUUAUUAUUUACUGACGCCGACGAGAAACCACGUUCGAGUCAGCGAGUGUCUGCGGUCGGGAAUCCAUUAAUUGACGCCAAUAACAACGAUCUUCCUGCGAUAACUGCUCGCGAUAUUAAGCAACGUGACUUUAGUGCAGGAACAACGAAAGACCUCGAAUCCGAUUAUUGUUGUACGAGACGUUCUCUCCAAUCGACCGCCGUUGUCUCCAAGAUGUGCGAUUUUGCAUGCCAGGAAAACUCUACAACCAUUUUAAUGAGAGACGCCAGUUCAUCGAUGAAAGACAUACUCGAUGCUGCUACCUUUCCUGCGACUCACGAGAAGUACAGAAAAUCAUCUUAUCGAGAUAUUAGUAAAGAUUUCUGCGCGGAAAAGACGAUCAAGCUAAAAAGAUUAAAAUCGCCGCGUUAUCCCAGGUGUAAUUUAGCGUGUCACUUGCGCAAGACGACAGAUCCACUGUCCCUGCAGGAGAAGCGCAAAUUGCCCUGCAGAAUCGAAUGUUUGAACGACAGCGUGAAGCCAGCAGUGGGCCCAGUGGAGUCCUUUCCUUUAUUAAUUACUGACAGGCAGGGUCUCGUUGAGAUUCACAUCUCGCGAUUGCAACUUUCUACAUCGAGUCACGAAAAGGAUGCAAUAAUCAUAGAAAUAGUGAGCAUGCGGCUUUUGGAUGAGAGUUACGUCAUGCGGGACGAUGAGAUACAUUUGCUUUACGUAGAGUAUUCUUUCCUCGGGAAUCGCGGCGAAGAUAUGGAGACCGUUUCCCUGGAGAAGCCGAAAACGGCCGACCAAGAAAUGGUCUACAAUUAUAAGAAAAAAUUUUGGAUAAACGAAGUGACACAUCCCAUGCAAAGAGACAGCUUGCGCGCAAUGUUAGCCGAAACAACAAGUCCGGAUAUCAACUUUACUAUUCUUAGCGAACCGUUGCCCAAGGACAGGGAAAUUAAAGAUUGCGAGGAGAUCGGUUGUGCAACUUUUAAUGUAAAAAAAUACGCGCUUGAUGACGAGUGUAAAUAUAUAUUAUUGCCGAUCAAGGAUAUUCGAAAUAAUGAAAUUGGAACGCUAAAGAUUGCUGUGUCCGGUUGGAAUGUCAUUCGGCAGUGUUUACCCGGAUCAAGAUAGUUCAAUUGCGAUGGAUGCUAGCAAUGCGAGAGGUAAAUGUUGCAUGAGAAUUUAAAUUGUUAGAAGACGAUCGUAUUGAAGUCGAGAGAUCAGUGCUCUGAAUCAAGAAGAAUUUAACUUGUAAUCAUAUGAGAUUUUAUUCAAAAUUGUCUACAUAUUUGUCUGUAUAUUAAACUACGUUGUCAUGUCAGUACCGACGACGUUUAUUAAUCUUUGAAGAACGCAAAGCUCGCUUUCGUAUGUUUAUAUAAAUUAUUGCUGUAAGAGAUUUUAUACUUUUAUCGGGGAGCUGAAUUUCUCUAUCAACGUGUUGAUCCUCGUUUUCCCAGUUGCUCGUGUCUUCGUUGUAUUACCUAAGUCUUCUUCUUCUCUGCUUUAUAUUGAUUCAGCGUGCUAUUUUGCUGCACUGUACUAUUCGUCAAGAUCUCGGCCGCGUUUCUGUUGUCCCUGUUACCUCUC